CGAUCCCACAUUUACCAAAAAAAAUGGAUGCAUCACCAUAUAAAUAAAACCAAAUUUCUUCCAACCCUGAUUUCAUCCAAUUGAGUUUUGAUUUUCUUCUUCUGAUUUUGAAGUUUUUGAAUAGCUAUAUAUUAGAUAUAUAUCCUUAGUUCAAUCCACCCAUUGGCGUUUCAAUUGACUUGUUCAAUUGAUUUCAAAACAAAAAAAAACCAGGUCCAUAUACCUCUCCGUCCUUCGUCUGACUGCGUGUGUGUCUCCCCAUUUAUUAAUAUUCAUAACCUAGUUUGAUACUGAUCAAUUAAUCUUUAAAACACAAGUCAAUAAUUCAUCAAUCAUCCAUCAUUCAUUAUGUCUGCUGCUAAAAAACAUAUCAGAACUCAAUCGACUUGGGCUUUUGAUACUGCAACCACUACUGUUGCCGCUUCACAAAUGCGUAAUGCUUUGAAUAAUAUAGCUGAUACCGUUGAAAAUCCUGAUGAACAACAAAGAUUUGAAAAUGAAAUGGAUUCUUUCUUUGCUUUAUUCAGAAGAUAUUUAACUGAUAAAGCUGCUGGUACCACUUUAGAUUGGGAUAAAAUAAAGUCCCCAACUCCAAGUGAAGUGGUUCAAUAUGAAACUUUUGACGAAGUUGCCAAAGAUGCCACUAAUUUAUCAAAAUUAGCUGUAUUGAAAUUAAAUGGUGGUUUAGGUACUUCAAUGGGUUGUGUUGGUCCAAAAUCAGUUAUUGAAGUUAGAGAUGGUAAUACCUUUUUAGAUUUAAGUGUUAGACAAAUUGAAUAUUUAAAUCGUAAUUAUGAUGCUGAUGUUCCAUUAUUAUUAAUGAAUUCUUUUAAUACUGAUAAUGAUACUGCUAAAAUCAUUAAAAAAUAUCAAGGUCAUAGAAUUAGAAUUAAAACUUUUAAUCAAUCAAGAUUCCCAAGAAUUUAUAGAGAUUCUUUAUUACCAGUUCCAACUACUUAUGAUGAUAAUUUAGAAGCUUGGUAUCCACCAGGUCAUGGUGAUUUAUUUGAAUCAUUAGUUCAAUCUGGUGAAUUAGAUGCUUUAUUAGCUCAAGGUAGAGAAAUUUUAUUUGUUUCAAAUGGUGAUAAUUUAGGUGCUACAGUUGAUGUUAAAAUUUUAAAUCAUAUGAUUGAAACUGGUGCUGAAUAUCUUAUGGAAUUAACUGAUAAAACAAGAGCUGAUGUUAAAGGUGGUACUUUAAUUAAUUAUGAUGGUCAAGUUAGAUUAUUAGAAAUUGCUCAAGUUCCAAAAGAACAUGUUGAAGAAUUUAAAAGUAUUAAAAAAUUUAAAUAUUUUAAUACUAAUAAUUUAUGGAUUAAUUUAAGAGCUAUUAAAAAUUUGGUUGAACAAAAUGCUAUUGAAGCUGAAAUUAUUCCAAAUCAAAAAACUAUUUCAAUUGGUUCAAGUGAAAUUAAUGUUUUACAAUUAGAAACUGCUGUUGGUGCUGCCAUUAGACAUUUUAAUGGUGCUCAUGGUGUAGUGGUUCCAAGAUCAAGAUUCUUACCAGUUAAAACAUGUUCUGAUUUAUUAUUAGUUAAAUCUGAUUUAUUCUUUUUAGAACAUGGUGCAUUAAAAUUAGAUCCAACUAGAGAUGGAUUCUCAAAUCCUUUAAUUAAAUUAGGAUCUCAUUUUAAAAAAGUUAGUGGAUUCCAAUCAAGAAUUCCUCAUAUGCCAAAGAUUUUAGAAUUAGAUCAUUUAACUAUAACUGGUAAUGUUAAUUUAGGUAGAGGAGUUACCUUAAAGGGUACUGUUAUUAUUGUUUGUAAUGAUGGACAAAGAAUUGAUAUUCCAAAUGGUUCUAUUUUAGAAAAUGUUGUGGUUACUGGUAACUUGACCAUUUUAGAACAUUAGUCAAAUUUGUCUUAUCACUUUGCUUGCUACUUUACUCGCUAUUUCAUUCAUAAUUUUUGUCAGGAUUUCAGUAUUAUUAUUGAUUGUUUCUUAGUUCUACUUUGAUUGGUUUUCAAUCAU